AUGACUGAACCAACGGCCACAGUCGAGAAGUCAGCGGCUACAGGAGCUGCUAAGCAGACGAAUCCUGCUCCGGAUGCUGGACUUACUGCCUUGGAACAAGUGCAUGUUCCCCGUAUCUCCAUCAAGUUCUGUACACAGUGCCGGUGGAUGUUGCGGGCUGCUUAUUUUGCCCAAGAACUCCUCUCAACCUUCGGCACAGAUCUUGGCGAAGUUGCCCUCGUUCCUAUGACAGGCGGAGUCUUCACCGUCACGAUCUGGCAUGCUGAUAAAGAGGCAGUGGUGGAUGGGGGAGAAGUGAAGACGCAAGAGAUUAUUCUUUGGGAUCGAAAGAGGGAUGGAGGUUUUCCCGAGGUCAAGGCUCUCAAGUCUCUUGUAAGGAAUGUUAUUGCCCCCGAAAGAGAUCUUGGGCAUACAGACCGGGCCCUGAAGCAGCAGGCGGAGAAGAAAGAGGCGAAGGAAGAGGGAAAGAAGGAAGAGCAGGCAGAAGAGAAGAAAGAGAAAUGUGAGGACUGUGUGUGA